AUGUAUCCUAACAUAAUUAUUCUGGUCAUUGCUGUUCUGUGCAUCACUGGAGUAGUAGUUUACUGCUGCCUUCAAAAGAACUCCAGGAAGUAUUCUGUCGACUUGCACCCUAAAAAAGAAGAUGCUCAGAUUCCACUCAGCACAGUGGAUGCAGAAGUGUUUGACACCACGUCAGAAAAAGAUUUGCAAACAUUUGCUCCAGUUGAGCCAGUAAAGGACCCUGACAUUGGGAAGGAAGCUGAAAAGCCUGAGGAAGGAAAAGAAAUACCUGAUGUUAAACAAGAAAACCAACAGAAUUUGUCCACCCCUGAGGCCACAGUGAUUCCAAAUGACAAAAAAGAUGAACUGACUGUAGUGGAUCUGACUGAUGCAGAACCAGCGAUCUCAACCAAAACCUCAAUGGAAUCACUAGAUGAUACUCUUAAUGAAAACAACAGCAACAACACAAGAAUUGAAGGCAUUGCCAAUGGGUAUGAAUUCAUUGAGAUCUUUCUUGAUGGUCCACUCUAAAAUAAAUCAGCUCCUUCCCAACAUUUUACAAUGAUCUUUGAACCUGAUUGAUGGAUUUUUGACUCUGCAACAUGGAAAACAACUUCUUCAUUUUUACCUGUGUGUAAGUCUACUUUUCAGA